AGACGCCGCGCUGCCGUGAGGAUGCCGCAGCUGCCGGGGGCCGGGGGCGGCGGGGGGGACCCGGAGCUCUGCGCCACCGACGAGAUGAUCCCCUUCAAGGACGAGGGGGACCCGCAGAAAGAGAAGAUCUUCGCCGAGAUCAGCCACCCCGAGGAGGAGGGUGACCUGGCCGACAUCAAAUCCUCCCUCGUCAACGAGUCCGAGAUCGCCCCCGGCGCCAACGGGCACGAGGUUUCCAGGCAGACUCAAGCACAGGAUUCCUACCAUGAUAAAGGCAGAGAACACCCUGAGGAAGGAAAGCAUCCAGACAGUGGCUUAUACAGCAAGGGACCAUCAUACUCUGGCUAUUCUGGGUAUAUCAUGAUGCCAAAUAUGAAUAACGACCCAUACCUGCCUAAUGGAUCUCUGUCGCCACCCAUCCCCAGAACAUCCAACAAGGUGCCCGUGGUACAGCCUUCUCAUGCGGUUCACCCCCUCACCCCUCUUAUCACCUACAGCGAUGAGCACUUUUCCCCGGGGUCACACCCAUCUCACGUCCCCUCUGAUGUCAGCUCCAAACAAGGCAUGUCCAGGCAUCCUCCAGCUCCUGAUCUCCCUACCUUCUAUCCCUUGUCUCCAGGGGGGGUUGGACAGAUAACACCACCUCUUGGCUGGCAAGGUCAGCCUGUAUAUCCCAUCUCGAGUGGAUUCAGGCAGCCCUAUCCAUCCUCACUCUCAGUCGACCCUUCCAUGUCCAGGUUUUCACAUCACAUGAUUCCUGGUCCUCCAGGCCCUCACACAACUGGAAUCCCUCACCCAGCUAUUGUAACACCUCAAGUAAAACAAGAACAUCUGCACAAUGACAGUGAGCUAAUGCAUGUGAAGCCUCAGCAUGAACAGAGAAAAGAACAAGAGCCAAAAAGACCUCAUAUUAAGAAACCUCUGAAUGCUUUCAUGUUGUACAUGAAAGAAAUGAGAGCAAACGUUGUAGCAGAGUGUACUCUGAAAGAAAGUGCAGCUAUCAACCAGAUCCUUGGCAGAAGGUGGCAUGCUCUCUCCCGUGAAGAACAAGCAAAAUAUUAUGAACUAGCUCGUAAAGAAAGGCAGCUACACAUGCAGCUUUAUCCAGGCUGGUCUGCAAGAGACAACUAUGGGAAGAAAAAGAAGAGGAAGAGAGAAAAGUUGCAGGAAUCAUCAUCAGGUGGGAAAAGAAAUGCUUUCUCAACUUGCAAAGCAAAGGCAGCGACACCAGGACCCCUUCUGGAGAUGGAAGCUUGUUAAACCCUAGGUGUGUCCUUCAUCCACACAGACCACCCCCAAGGAGUCUGUCUAGGAUGUCAUUCACCCUGAUGUCACUGCUAGAGACACUGAAUCAUAAAGACAAUCACUGCCCAAAUCCUUCACUAUCACGAGGUCCAGCCCCGAUAUAAAUAGAGCAAAUGAGCUCCUGGGUCAGCAGAGCAGCUUCUGUCUUCACCUCUGCCUUGCACUCUUAAGCCCCCAUCUCAUCUGUGUCCAUAUUGAGUCAGCAAACACAGUAGCAUGGCUCUCUCUGCCUGCUUCAGCCAGCAGAAUAACCUAGACCACAGCUGCCCCAUACAGCACAUCGAUCGAGGAAUGGAAUUUGCCUGGACCAGGAUGACACACUCAACCUUCUUUUUAUUUAAUGGUGCGACAGGAUCAAUUUCGGUUUUAGCUUUUUUUUAAAGAAACUUGAAUGCUUUUAUAUUUUAACUUUUAGUUUGUAAUUUCUUUGGUGUAUAUUUUACUAGGUAUGAGCUUUUAAACAAGUGUCGGAAAUCUGAAAUACUUUUUAAAUAAAAGGAGUUUUUCUUUCUUUUUUUUUUUUUCUUUUUUUUUUUUUAUGCCAGAGGAAAAAUCUGUAUGGAAAAAAGGUGGCUGUUUUGUUAAACUAUUUGUAACAAAUAGUGGCCUCUCAGUCUAUAUAAUACAGUGUCCUAUAGAACUAAAUAAAUGUAACAACAGUCAGCUGGUCAGUAGACAUGUUAGUCUUGUAUCAUCUACUCUGUAAACAUAAGCAAUACAUCCAGCAAAUCUGACUGCAGUGAGUUCUCCUUCUCACCCAUUCCCCUUCUCCUUGUAAAAAGCCCAGCACUUGAAUUAUUACUUCAAUUGUUCUGUAUUUGUAUCUGUUUUUGUUAGCCUGUUAGUGGGAUUUUAUGCCAGUUGUUGAAAUGAGCAUUGAUGUACCCAUUUUUUAAAACAGUAAGGCACAGCCUUUGCCAAAAAUACUGUCAACCAAUUUUUUUUUUUUUGUCAUUCCAGUUUGAGUUAAUGUGCUGAGCAUUUGUUUUUUAAUAAAAGCUUUGU